GAUAUAUUUUUAACUUUAUAAUUUAUUAUAUUUAUUUUAUUUAUAAGAAUAUUUUUUUUUAAUUAAAAUAUAAAUAUAAUAUAUAUAAAUAUAUAUUUAUAUGUUUAAAUUAUUUAUAAAUAUUAUUAUAUAUAUUUAUUAUACUUUUAUUUUUAUAUAAUUUUUUUAAUUU